AUGAAAUCCUAUGGAAAAAAACUUGAAAAAGCCAACUUACCCGUUGAAAUCAUAAAUAUUUUCAAGUAUUGGUAUUCAAAUCAAGUUAAUAAUGUACGUUGGGAUGGGAUCUUGUCCAAGUCGUAUGGGUUGGAGUGCGGGGUGAGGCAAGGGGGGUUAACCUCACCGACUCUUUUCAAUCUGUAUAUAAAUGACCUGAUAGACGUGCUCAGCAGUGCCGGUGUCGGUUGUCAUAUAGACGGUGUGUGCGUCAAUAACAUCAGUUACGCAGACGAUAUGGCGCUGCUGAGUGCGUCUGUCUGUGGGUUACGAAGGCUGGUCGAGGCAUGCGAGGCUUACGCCCAUUCACAUGGCUUGAUUUAUAAUGUUAAAAAAAGUCAAGUCAUGGUUUUUGGGGUCGGUCGGAAACAAUAUGACAACAUCCCACCAGUUUUUCUAAAUAACACUUUUUUACAGAGAGUGUCUAAAUUUAAAUACCUUGGUCAUAUGUUGACGGCAGACCUCAGGGACGACGACGACAUUGAGCGGGAGCGGAGAGCGUUGUCAGUGAGAGCGAACAUGCUGGCUCGCAGGUUUGCACGUUGUUCGCGUGAUGUCAAAAUCACGCUAUUCAGGGCUUUUUGUACGUCAUUUUACACGUGCAGCCUGUGGGCUAGCUAUACUCAAAAAGCUUACAACGCUCUCCGUGUCCAGUAUAAUAAUGCGUUCAGGAUGCUGCUGGGGCUUCCUCGCUUCUGUAGCGCAUCAGGGAUGUUUGCUGAUGCACGAGUAGAUUGCGUUUACACUACAAUGCGCAAACGAUGUGCAUCCCUGGUGCGCAGGGUGCGGGAGAGCAACAACAGCAUCCUACGCAUGAUCGCAGGCAGACUGGACAGCCGCUAUAUUAAUCAUUGCUGCAAUAUAGCCGGGGGGACAGUGCGGGAGUGGCUUGAGCAAUGAUUGUCAUGUCGUGUUGUUUUGUUUUAAGUACAUGUCUACUAACAUAGCUUUUA